AUGGAGAAAAAGAAAAUUUUGAUGAGAUCCAAAGUGGCUGCUUCAAACCUUCUGAGUGCCUUACAUUCUCUCUAUCAAUUUGGUCAUUUCUGUGAUGUAACUGUUCAUACAGUACAUCUUGGAAUCCAGGAAGAGUUUUUGGUACAUAAAGCAGUCUUGGCUGCUUCAAGCAACUAUUUUAAAGGCCUUUUUCUAAGUGAUGAGAUGUCAGAUAUUAAGAGGUGCACUGUUGUUUUAGAUGACAUUUACACAGAGGAAUUCACAUCCUUUCUGGAAUUCAUCUAUACUGCAAAAAUUGAGAUUGAACCAGAGAAACUGCAUCGAAUGAGAGAGGUGGCAGAGAGACUUGAAUGCAAGGACCUGCUUGACAUUUGUGAGGAAAUGAAAACAGAAAGUAAAAUGGAUAACUUGGAUUUAAGUCUCCAUUUGAAAACUCUGGUAUGUGAAAAUGGUGGGGCUUCAUGGGUCUGUGAUCAGCAUGCUCAUCAGACCAAACUCAGUGAUUCUCCACCAAUAGUAGUGGCACCUGUGAAAAGAAAACUCUGGGAUAUGCAGAAACACAGAACAUUGUUAACAGGCAGUUCAGAUCAAGCUUGCAUGGUUGUAACUGAUGUGAAAAGUGGAAUAGCCAAGAUAGUGAAGCAGAAAAGAACAAAGCCCACCGAGAACUAUAACACAGAAAUAAUCAAUUCAGAAGGGCAAAAAAGCCACCCUUCUUUGUGUGGGUUGGAGGCCAAAGAAGCUUGUUUAGUCAUCAGGAAUGUAUUAUCUGAGCGAGAUGAGGAUGAGAAUUCUCAUAUUUCCCAGCCUCUGAGCUCAAAUGAAUGCAACAACACACUGCAGGAUUUGCCUCAGGUGUCUACAGAAACCUAUGAGUGUGAAAAAUGUGAACAAUCUUUCCCUUUCAUCAAAUCAUAUCAGUCACACAUGGACAUUGAACAUGGGAUUAAUGUUGUCAUCAAGUACAGCUGUAAUGUGUGUGACCAGCUUUUUUCCAAUCGUCAGAACCUCCGCCAACACCGACUCACAGUUCAUAAUGAUGAACGGCAUUUCCCUUGCACAUCUUGUGACAAGAAGUUUAAACGUCAAAAGGACAUAAAAUGUCACGUACGAAGAGUGCAUGAAAAGAAAAGGAAUCCUCAGGCUUGUCCCUACUGUGACAAGGUCAUCUCUUCCAAAUGUGGCCUGACCGUUCACAUUAGAACCCACACAGGAGAAAAACCUUAUAAAUGUGGCUAUUGCCCUGCAAGUUUUGCCCAGAGAUCUGCUUACAAUACUCAUGUAAGAAAAAUACAUGAAUUAAAACAAGAUAGAAAAACUAUGCCAGUAUACUGGAUGGUUGUUCCACCUCCUAGCAGAUCAAAGACAGCAAACUAUGAAAUAGAUUUCACUAAAGAAACAUGGGAACAGUCUUCAGGUAAUAGUUUACCAUUGGGAACCAGCAACAAAGACACCCUCAACUAUGAAGAUGCUGGCAGCUCAUCUAAUGCAAUUGAUUCUAGUAAUGAAACAGAAGAAAAGGAAAAUGAAAAAAAUGAUGACAGAGAAACUGAAGUGAAUAAAGGCAAUCAGGAUGAAAAAUCAAGUAUUAAAGGAGAAGAGGAAGGAGAUUAUGAUGCUGGUUUUUCUGAAGUCGAAAUGAAUGAUAGCAAAGAUAAUGAAGUUGUCUGCACAGAUGAUGACUUUUCAAAUGAAAAAGAUGCAGAAGAUAAUGAAUCAGAUGAAAAUUUUAAGAUAAAGAAAGUAAAUAAUAUGACAAUAAUGAAGAAGUCAACUUAUGUUAUAACUUGUGAUAAGUGUGAUCAACAGUUUGUAUCCCGGAAAAAAUAUGUGGAUCACUGUAAAGAUGUACAUCAGUCCCUUCCUGGAAAAGUCUAUCAGUGUGAUAUCUGUAGCAAGUCCUUUGCUAGUUAUAAUAGUUGUAAAGAGCAUCGAGCGUGUGUGCAUACAGAAGAGAGGCAGUUUGCUUGCACUCUUUGUAAUGCUACUUUCAAACGAAAGCGAGAUGUAAGAACGCAUUACAUGCGAAAGCAUGAAGGAAGAGUAAAACGACCACUUUGUUCAGUGUGUGGAAAAAUUUUGAGUUCCAGAACAGCACUGGUAUUCCAUAUGAGAACCCACACAGGAGAGAAACCUUAUGAAUGUGGUGUCUGCCAUGCUAAAUUUGCUCAACCAUCCCAACUUAAAAUUCACACAAGGUCUCAUACUGGAGAAAAACCAUGUAUUUGUGAGGAUUGUGGAGCUAGCUUUGCAGAUAAAGGAAAAUUAAAUGGCCACAAGCGGACUCAUACAGGCGAACGUCUCUUUAAAUGUGAUGUCUGUGGAAAACAUUUUGCCACCAAUGAAUACUUAAAAUGCCAUAAACGAUGCCAUAUGGGAGCUAAGCCUUAUAAAUGUGAUGUGUGUGGAAAAACAUUUGGAUUGAGAGCCUCGUUAGCUCAACAUAGCAAUGUUCAUGCAGAAACUCGUCCAUACUUCUGUGAACAAUGUGGGAAAACUUUCACUCAGCAAGGAGCUCUCAGACGCCAUCAACGCAUUCACACAGGAGAAAAACCAUAUAAAUGUCGGGCUUGUGAGAGAACUUUUACAGACAUGUCAACAUUGAGGAGGCACGUGUCGAUCCAUGAUCGAAAUGCACAUUGGAGAAGUUUCCUGAUAGAUCUUACUACUAAAAAAGACCACAACUGGUCAAAAAUUGAGACCUUAUCAGAUGUGUGUAUGGGUGAGGAGUCGACACCUGAAAUUUGGUCAGUUGACCAAGGUAGACUAUAUAAACCAGAGAAUGCAAUUGUGAAAACUGCUAAUGUUAUAACCACUAGUAUUACUACUAGUGCCAAUAACAAUUCCUUGGUAUAUAUGUAAAAAUAAUACCUAUCUUGAUAAAGCUGUUUAUGUGUUACAAUCACAUAACAUGAUUAAGAAUUUAAAUCUUAGUUCAACUAUAGAUGUUUCAUUUUGAUUAUAUAGCAAGCCAUCUGAUUUUUUUAGGAGUGAUAUAUGACUCAUCAGCAAAAACAAGUUUGUUUUAAUAGAUUUCAGUUCUUGGAACUUUUAUUCACAUAUUAUAAAUGCAUUAUGCUAUUAGUAAUCCUUUUAUAUUAAAUUCUACAUACCAUUUAUAUAAACUAUUACAUCUAAUUCUAGGGGACACAAUAUGGUAUUAGUUACACAGUGACUAAUUUAUUUGUAUAUAUUUAUAGAAUAGUUUUUAGAAGCUUUUAGGGUAUAAAAACAUGAAAUCAUUCAUGCAAUGGUAGGAUUUAGAGGGUUUUUUGAAAUGAAUAAAAAUGGGAAGUGAAAUUUUACCUUU